GUACCUCUUGCCUCUGCAAUUAAAUCACAAUUAUAACACCACGAACCAAACUCCAAUUCAUAAUACAGCUAGCGUCAAAUCAGCAAGAAUUACCUUCCUCAAUCCUAAUUCAAUACCGUCAUCCGAGCCAUGGAUUCUUCUGAGAAGAGAAAACAGCCUCCCUCUAAUGGGUCCGACGGUCGUCCCGUUAAAAAAAGCAAAGGAGGUAGCAAUGGUAGAUGGCAGACACCUCAUCAGAAGGCCAAACUCGAGGCCAUAAAAGGCAGAAGUCUAGAAGUGGGUGACAUGGGCAUCUGGACCACAUGUGUUAAAGGCAAGGAGCGACAGGCCUUAGGAGAAAUGAUGGAUCUUUGCGAAGAGUACGGAGAGAAGCUUUACGACAUCAAACGGCAAGAACCCGCCGAAGCCCAGGAUGACGAGGAUGAUGAUGAUAUCGAAUCAUCCAUCAAGAAGGAAAUCCAAGAGAUGAAACCUGCGAGCAAAUCGAAGGACUCGGUAUUCGAGCCCAUGCGCAUGAAUCUCGAUUGUUUGCUUUUCAUACGGACGAAGCCGCCUGUCGACCCCGUCGCGCUCGUUCAGCAGAUCUGCAAGGAUGCAAAGGAGAUUACCGAGAAGUCUCAGCGGCGAACGAGAUUCAUCAACCGGUUUACCCCCGUCGCGCUGACUGCGAAAGCUACCGAGGCUGGCGUUGAGGAGGUUGCCAAGAAUGUCCUAGCUAAGCACUUCCAGCUUGCAGGCGAGGACGAGCAGGAGGAGGUCCCUAAGGGGGAUGCUUAUUCGUACGCCAUUCGGCCUAGCUUCCGCGCCCACAACACUCUCAAGCGCGACGAUGUGAUCAAGAAAGUCGCAUCGCUCAUCGCGCCGCGCCACAAGGUCAACCUCUCAUCCCCGGACAAGGUCAUUCUUAUCGACAUUUACCAGACAUUCUGCGGCAUGAGCGUCGUCGACGGAGACUGGGAGUCUCUGAAGCGAUAUAAUCUCCACGAGAUAUACCUGUCGGCGCUGGGGCCCGACGAGAAGAAGAAGCGGGAGAAUGUUGUACAGACGGAAGAAUCUAAGGAUUAGAGUUGGCCCCCGCGCAAAAUGUCUUCGGGUGUAUAUAAUCGUGUGGUGUUGCCGAAGUUUGCGCGCCGCGCGAGAGCCAAGUUAUAGCUCUGUGUGUAUGCUAUCAUUCGUGUACUAUCUAGAGACAUACUAAGAUGCUUACAACAAUGAGAAAAAGAAAAGUACCUAACAUAAA